AGGAGGCUAUUUAUCAGUGACCGUCGCGCAAGUUGAGGAGUCUUGUGGAGAUGCUUCAGCCGCAGGUGCACAUGCUGCUGCUGGUUCUGCUGUCCAGUGGGCUGCUGGUGCGGGUCGGCGGUGCGGACCUGCUGGCAGAGACCCUCGAAGCGGACAUGGCACUGGACAAGGCCUUAGCUCGCUCGCUACUGCUGAGGCUCGUCUACCAACUUGCGUCCAGAAGAGCGGACACGCUCCCCUGGUUGGAGGGCGAGCUGGGUGUGAAGGUGGGGGUGAUGCGGCGACACCUCCCGCUCUCCCAGAGGGAACGCAAGGCAGGCUGCCGCAACUUCUUCUGGAAGACUUUCACCUCCUGUUGACUGUCAAUUGAUUGAUGCUUUGUUGUUCUUAUUGUCUGUUUUACAAGUGGCAGGGAUGUACAGUCAAAUCAAUUAAAUG